AUGUUGCUGAUAGUAGUCGAUGCAUACAGCAAGUGGCUGGAGGUGAAGGUAACCAACUCUACAACAACAGCCGCAACGAUUGCCAUCAUGGACGAGAUGUUCGCUCGCUAUGGAGCGCCAGUAACUGUGGUGUCAGACAACGGACCACAGUUCACCGCAGCAGAGUUUAAGGAGUUUUUGAAGAACAGUGGGGUCAAGUUUCACAAGUUGUCCGCCCCCUACCACCCAGCAACCAACGGACAGGCGGAACGGUACGUGCAGACGACGAAAGAUGCUUUGAAGUCAAUGAAUACAAAUGCAUCAUCGUUGCAAUCGCACCUGAACAACUUCCUGCAGCAGUAUCGUCGAGCUCCGCAUGCAACCACCGGUGAAGCGCCUUGCAAGCUGUUCUUACGACGGAAUUUCCGAACCCGUUUCGAUCUACUGAAGCCCGAAGAUGUCCAACAACGAGUGUCAACGAAACAGCAAGCUGACUUUGAGCCAAACUAUCGUACGUUCAGCGUUGGCCAACAAGUCUACUUCCUGUCCGGCAACCCCCGAAUGGAAAAAUGGAUACCAGGUGUCAUCGCAGCACGUCUAGGUGACUUGCACUACCAGAUUGAAUUCAACGGCAAGCCAUUCAAGAGGCAUGUCGACCAGAUGCGCUCCAAGGUCAUCGCAGAUGCGCAGCAAAUGGUCGAGGAAGCUGAAAGCGACGAGCCAAGACGUGUUCACUUCUACGACAACGCAGCCAGGUUUCCUUCGUCCCCGAAUCAUCGUAGUGGUGCUCGUACUGCUCCGAGUUCCCCGGAGUAUGCCACACCACCUAGCAGCCCGAUUCAACAGGAUGGUCCCCCGGUUGCCUUGAGACGGUCAACGAGACAACGCCGUCCCCCGCAGCUGUACUCUCCGUAG